AUUUCACAAGGAUUCAAUAGUUUUUCUCAACAACCGCGGUGGUCGCAUGGGCGGUCAUGCCAUCAGGACUUGGGCACAUAUGGUGACCUGGAGCCUCGUCCAGGAACGAUCUCAUGUCUUGCGUGUUUGAAGCCACCAACAAAAAAUUGGAGUUUCUGGUUGCCACUUUGUCAGCUUUGAGACUUUCUCUGACAGCUGACAGCUGCGAAUGUGUAGGCUACGUACAAGCAAAUGGAAGUUCUCUAUCAAUGUUCGGUUCAGCUCUUGUUGAUAGAUCUGCACUCAGACUCCACGGAGAGUACUUUUCACCGCUCCAGAAUAUCCAAUUGCAGGUCUCUCAGCUCCUGCAUCAAGGGGUCGGCGCAACACUUCUGCGGAGGAUCUGUCGAACUCCAAGACCCGUUGCCUGACUGUAAACGUUAACUAUCGCAGAUCAUGAUCACAGCCUCCCAAAAGACC